CAAAUUCUAGAGAGAGAGAGGAGAGAAAGUCCAAGUCAAUGGAGACGAAUCUCUGUUAUACCAGAAAUGAUAUCAAAAUCGAACCCUACCUUUCUUGUUUUGAAUGGUGAAUCCGAUUGGUUUUUCAUUUUUGGUUAGUGAAAUCAUCGAUUUUUUGGGGAUUUAGAAAUAAUUUUUGUUACUUUUUCCUUGUGAUCCGAUCUCCGAUCUGUGGAUAUUUGAUCGGAAAAAGGAGAGGGGAAAAUGCCGUCGCACACGGAUGUAGAUCGGCAGAUAGAGCAAUUGAUGGAGUGCAAACCGUUGACGGAAUCGGAGGUGAAAACGCUUUGCGAUCAAGCUAGGGCCAUACUUGUAGAGGAAUGGAAUGUGCAGCCGGUGAAGUGUCCCGUUACGGUUUGCGGUGAUAUACAUGGUCAGUUUUACGACCUGAUCGAGCUGUUCCGGAUAGGGGGCAAUCCGCCCGAUACCAAUUAUCUCUUCAUGGGUGAUUACGUUGAUCGUGGGUAUUAUUCAGUGGAGACUGUCACACUCUUAGUGGCUCUAAAAGUGCGUUAUAGAGAUAGACUUACAAUUCUUCGAGGAAAUCAUGAGAGCCGGCAGAUCACUCAAGUAUAUGGAUUCUAUGAUGAAUGCUUGAGAAAGUAUGGAAAUGCAAAUGUUUGGAAGCAUUUUACCGACCUUUUCGAUUACCUACCUCUUACAGCACUUAUUGAAAGCCAGAUCUUUUGCUUGCACGGAGGACUUUCACCAUCUUUGGAUACACUAGAUAAUAUCCGAGCAUUGGACCGCAUUCAGGAGGUCCCACAUGAAGGACCAAUGUGCGAUCUCUUGUGGUCUGAUCCAGAUGACAGAUGUGGGUGGGGAAUUUCUCCUCGAGGAGCUGGCUAUACAUUUGGACAAGAUAUAGCGUCUCAGUUUAACCAUACGAAUGGGCUCUCUCUCAUCUCAAGAGCCCAUCAGCUUGUCAUGGACGGUUACAACUGGUGCCAGGAAAAGAAUGUGGUGACUGUAUUCAGUGCUCCAAACUACUGUUAUCGGUGUGGAAACAUGGCUGCGAUUCUGGAAAUAGGAGAGAACAUGGAACAAAACUUUCUUCAAUUUGAUCCGGCACCAAGGCAGAUUGAACCGGAUACUACCCGCAAGACUCCAGAUUAUUUUUUGUAAUCUUAUUAUUAUUAUAUUAUAUACCCUAAUUAAAUCCAAAUGGAAGUGGAAGCUGUUUGUAAUCCUUUUUUGUAGAUGGAUGGAUGGAUGGAUGGGGUUUUGAAAAGAAAAGAAAAAGAGAGGAGUUUUGUUGUUUGUUCUAUCUUAACAUAUGUCAAUCUAUUCUUUCGUUUUUGGGGGAUUUUGGAGUUUGUAUUGCUGCUGCUGCUGUUGUGAAGUGAAGUGAAGUGAAGUGAUGACAGCCAGCAGGCAGCAAUUAGGUGUUGUGUUCAUGUAAUUUUCACUUAGAAACCAGAUUGAUUUUUGUAAAAGGAUUUUGGAUGGAUAAUCGGGUUGUAGUUAUUGUUAUUAACAUAUUCCACC